CCUCCCGGGAGCCGGCCGUGCGCUCCGCCCCGCGCCCGCCCGCAGCCCCCCGCGCGGCCGCAGGCUCCGGUAACUGGAUAAAAGAAGGCGGGAAGCAUGUCGGAGUUUUGGUUAAUUUCUGCCCCUGGUGAUCAGGAAAAUUUGCAAGCUCUGGAGAGGAUGAACACCGUAACCUCCAAGUCCAACCUGUCUUAUAACACCAAAUUCUCGAUUCCAGACUUCAAGGUGGGGACCUUGGAUUCCUUGGUUGGCCUCUCCGAUGAGCUGGGGAAACUCGAUACCUUUGCUGAAAGCCUCAUAAAGAGGAUGGCCCAGAGCGUGGUGGAAGUUAUGGAAGAUGCUAAAGGGAAGGUUCCGGAGAACCUCCUGGCCAACGGAGGUUUGAAGGAAAAAAUGAAAUAUUUAAAGAUUGACUUGACAUCCUUCGUGACCCACUUUGAAUGGGACAUGGCCAAAUAUCCGGCGAAGCAGCCGCUGGUGAGCGUGGUGGACACUCUAGCAAAGCAACUGGCGCAAAUCGAGACUGACCUGAAGUCCCGAACAGCCGCCUACAACACUCUGAAGACAAACCUGGAGAACCUGGAGAAGAAAUCCAUGGGAAACCUCUUCACUCGGACACUGAGCGAUAUUGUGAGCAAAGAAGACUUUGUGUUGGAUUCCGAGUACCUCAUCACACUUCUGGUCAUUGUCCCCAAACCAAGCUACACGCAAUGGCAAAAAACCUACGAAUCCCUCUCGGACAUGGUGGUCCCUCGGUCAACAAAACUGAUUGCCGAGGACAACGAGGGCGGCCUCUUCACAGUCACCCUGUUUCGAAAAGUGAUCGAGGAUUUCAAAACCAAAGCCAAAGAGAACAAGUUCACUGUCCGUGAAUUUUACUAUGAUGAGAAAGAGAUUAAAAGGGAAAGGGAAGAGAUGAGCAGGUUGCUGUCUGAUAAGAAGCAACAGUAUCAAACUUCCUGUGUUGCUCUUAAAAAGGGAUCAUCCACCUUCCUGGACCACAAAGUUAAGGUAACCCCGCUAGGUACCCCCGAUAGGCCCGCUGCGGGGCAGACGGACAGAGAGAGAGAGAGUGAGGGCGAGGGAGAGGGCCCGCUGCUGCGCUGGCUCAAGGUGAACUUCAGCGAGGCCUUCAUCGCCUGGAUCCACCUCAAGGCGCUCAGAGUGUUCGUGGAGUCGGUGCUCAGGUAUGGACUCCCGGUGAAUUUCCAGGCGGUGCUCCUCCAGCCUCAUAAGAAGUCAUCCACCAAACGUUUAAGGGAGGUGCUGAACUCUGUCUUCAGACAUCUGGACCAAGUAGCAGCUGCAAGUAUACUGGAUGCAUCUGUGGAGAUCCCGGGCCUGCAGCUCAACAACCAGGACUAUUUUCCUUAUGUCUACUUCCACAUCGACCUCAGUCUUCUCGACUAGAGAGAUGAGCUGGCGCCACUGCGCGUUGUUCGUGCAGACUUCUUACAGACACCUUGUUCCCCUUAGCCAGAGAGCCCUACAGAAUUCAGAUUUUUAGAGAAAUUGCUCACAAAAGUUAGUUACAGUUGUAUUUAUUUUUUUUAAGUUACAAUAAAGAAACGCUCAGUCCUUUGAA